CCGCAGAUGAGCCCGCUGUUUUCGCGAGUCCUCCGUCGCCGAGGAAGGGCCUGACGCUGUUCCUGGUGUCGGCCAUUUUCUCGGCCGUGCUGGGCAUGUUCCAGUUCGGCUACAACACCGGCGUCAUCAACGCCCCUCAGCACAUCAUCGAGGAUUUCAUAAAGAACGUGUGGCUUACCCGGUAUGGCACGACGAUACAGAGCUCGACGCUCGACUUCGUGUGGUCGGUGGCCGUGUCCAUAUUCGCCAUCGGGGGCAUGGUCGGCGGCUUCUCAGGGGCCUACAUUGCCAACCGGUUCGGCAGGAAGGGCGGCCUGCUGCUGAACGACCUCGUCGGCAUUGUGGGCGCCGGCCUGAUGGGACUCAGCCACCUCUCCUCGUCGUUCGAGAUGCUCAUCAUCGGCCGACUUGUGAUCGGCUACAACUGCGGCCUGAGCACGUCGCUGGUGCCCAUGUACGUGUCGGAGAUAGCGCCGGUGAACCUGCGCGGCGGCGUCGGCAUCGUCAACCAGCUGGCGGUCACCAUCGGCCUCCUGCUGUCUCAGGUGCUCGGUCUGACUCAGCUGCUUGGCACGGACGACGGCUGGCCCCUGCUGCUAGGGCUGGCCGUCUGCCCGUCGGCGCUGCAGCUGGUGCUGCUCCCCAUGUGUCCCGAGUCGCCGCGCUACCUGCUCAUCACCAAACAGAAGGAGCAGGAGGCACGCAAAGCGCUGCGUCAGCUGCGUCACUGCAACAACAUCGAGGACGACGUGGAGGAGAUGAAGACGGAGGAGCGGGCGCAGCAGGCGGAAGCGCGCUUCACCAUGCUGCAGCUGGUCAAGUCGCCGGCGCUGCGCAGUCCCCUCAUCAUCGCCAUCGUGAUGCAGCUGUCGCAGCAGCUCAGUGGCAUCAACGCGGUGUUCUACUACUCGACGGACAUCUUCGUCGACGCGCACCUGUCGGCGCAGGGUGCCAGCUACGCCACCAUGGGCGUGGGCGUCGUCAUGGUCCUGAUGACCGUCGUCUCCAUCCUCCUGAUCGAGCGCGAGGGCCGGCGCACGCUCCACCUGUGGGGCCUCGGCGGCAUGUUCUUCUUCUCCGUCUUCAUCACCAUCUCGUUCCUGGUGAAGCAGAUGAUCUCGUGGGUCUCCUACCUAGCGGUCAUCUGCACGUUCGGCUUCGUCGUGUUCUUCGCCGUCGGGCCCGGCUCCAUCCCGUGGAUGAUCACGGCCGAGCUGUUCUCACAAGGACCGCGACCGGCUGCCAUGAGUAUCGCCGUGCUCAUCAACUGGCUCUGCAACUUCAUCGUCGGCAUCGCCUUCCUGCCGAUGAAGAACCUUCUCGAAGACUACACAUUCCUGCCAUUCUCGCUGCUCUUGGCCAUCUUCUGGGGCUUUACCUUCAAGCGUGUGCCAGAGACCAAGGGCAAGACUUUCGAGGAAAUAGCCGCGCUUUUCCGCCAAGCUCAGUCGCUGCCCAGUGGAACUGAGCCCAUUCUCGAAGAGCCCGGCUACGGGAGUGUCGGCAAUGGCUCGCACGCUGUGGUCUAUGACGAGCUGCCCAUGAUCGGAGCUCGGUACAUCGCACCAUCGGCCGAGGAGGCCCCUGAGAUGGCCAGCCUGCAUCCGUCGCUGGAGCGGCUCCGUGGCGGGCCUGCCGGGAGCCAGGGCUCCUGA